GCUGCCCACCCGCCCUGCCCGGGACAGGAGCCUGCGGCAGCCCGGGGAGGCGUGGGGCGGUUCGGAGCUGUCUCCCCUGAGAACGCGGGCGAGGAGCCCUCUUCGGCCCGCUUCUCGCCGGUGGGAGGGGGAGAGCCCGCGCGCCUCGGGGCUGCUGUGGCGGUGUGAGGGCAGCGGGGCCCGUGUGGCGCCCGGCGGGUUGGAGCUCUGAGGUCUGGCUCUGGAGACCCUGGCCAGCUCUCUUUCGACUCCCUCAGCCUCCGUGGGAGUCUGGCAGCCCGGAGGGAGCUCGCUCCCCUCCGAAGGUCAGUGUAGACGGGGCUGCUUCGCGUGUCCUCUCGUUACUAAAGCCGUCUGAGAAAUGGCUUCUUCCUUAAACAAGAGCUCUUGAAGCCUCGGGAACGCGGCCGUGGUGAGGCCGGGUCAUCCUGAACCCAAUUGUGCGGGUGUGCUAAAGUCUCUGGAAUUAGCUUCGUUUAAGGAGCUGGAAAAGGGGAAUCCUCCUCCAGACUGCGUUUCUAAGUGGUGACCCGUAGCUGCUACUCCCAGGUAACUUGGGAAGGGAAGAAAGCUCAUCUGUGGCAAUGACAGAUCCUUCAGAGAUCAACUUGUUUGACCUUCCUGAUUACGAGAAUACAGAAGAUGAAACGUUCCCACCUCUUCCUCCUCCUGCCUCUCCAGGAAGAGAUGAUGUUGAAUGGGCUCAAGCUAAUGGAGAACCAGAUGGAAACCAGCAGUCACAAACAAAGGAUUCUGCUGUAGCUACACGGAAGUCACUUAAAAGACCAAUACCUAAACUAGAUGCCCAGAGGUUAAUUUCAGAAAGAGGACUUCCGGCUCUAAGACACAUGUUUGACAAUGUAAAAUUCAAGGGUAAAGGACAUGAGGCGGAGGACCUGAAAACACUCAUACAACAUAUGGAACACUGGGCUCAUAGACUAUUUCCAAAAUUGCAAUUUGAGGAUUUUGUUGACCGAGUCGAGUCUUUGGGAAGCAAAAAGGAAGUUCAGACCUGCCUAAAGCGGAUUAGACUUGAUCUUCCUAUUUUACAUGAAGACUUUGCAAGUAACGAAGUAGAUGGUGAAAGGAAAAGCAAUGGACUGGAUACAGCCACUGAAGAUGUACAUUCCUGCUCUGGAAAUGCAGAAGAACUCAAUUCUCUGCCUGCUACAACUGCUACAACUCUCACAGAAGAGCAACAACAGAGAAUCAAGAAGAACAGGCAGUUGGCCUUGGAACGCAGGCAAGCAAAGAUGCAGUGGAACAGCCAGUCACAACACAAUGAACUCUCUGCUAGUUACUCAGAAGAGGAGUUUAAUACCACAGUUGCUCAGGAUCCUGCUGACAUUAUCAAAGACGCUCAAGUUACCGCAACCAGGGUUGGUGUUCCGGAAGCUGAAGCUGAAGAUACAGAAUUGGAAUAUGCCAGUGAAAACCAGUAGCCAUUGCCCAUACUUGGAAUCCUUCCUUUACUGAAAGAACCCACUACUUUAAGUACUAUCUCACUAUGCUGCAGUGUUGCUGGCUCUGCACUCUGACGCUAGAAGCUUCCUGGAAGUCUUCCCGGUGACCUGUAUAGAGUUGGACAGAACUCUUGGAACUGCAGAUGAGCAACUUUCUCCACUGGAAAACAGAAAUUCUCUAUCUGCAUUUGAGACAUCUUUUCCAUCUCCCCCAACAUUCUUUAGGAAAUGUUAAUGAGUUUUGAAUUUUGCUUACAAUUGAUGGCAAACUCUGUUAACUGGGAUAUUAACAGGUAAAGUUUCUAUUAAAGUUGUGUUGUUUGGGUUUUUUAAAUAGAGGGUAUAUAUAAUGGUGGGUAGUGCUGUGUCUGAAAAGGUAUCCUGGAUUUUUUUAACUUAUCAAGUACCUCUCUCUUAUAAAAUUGAAGCUAUUAAUUUCAGCAGUCUGGUUUUCAGGUUUUUUUCAGGUUUUUCUGUUAAAACUACAGGCCCUCUAACCCCCCCUCCCUUGUGCUAGUCAGACAUCUCUUUGCAGACAAGUACAUCCCCUUAGAGGAACAUGCUCUGGUUUUGACCAAAUUAGUUCCCUUCCUUUAGCUGAUUUGUUUCUGGCUUGAGGUUCUGCUUCAUCCUCUUCUCUCACUCUUGCUUUUCCUUGCACAAUUGCUUUUCCCUUCUAUGGAACAAAGAAGAAUCACCUGAAGAGUGAAGCCCUGAGCCUGCCCUCUUCAGUAGCACAGGGUAGACAAUGCAAUCCAGACAAACUGGAUUUCU